GAGCAUGCUGGGCUCACAUUAUGUGACCUCAGCAAGGCUUUUGACACGCUUGAUCAUGCAAUCCUUCUGAGAAAACUCAAGCACUAUGGGGUUAGUGGAUCCCCUCUUAGAUUGAUUCAAUCCUACCUGGGGGGCCGCAGGCAGGCUGUACUGGCUAAUGGUGUGUUGUCUCGUAAAAGAAACUGUGUCAACUGUGGUGUGCCUCAGGGCUCUGUCCUGGGGCCACUUCUAUUUUUGAUUUCAGUGAACGAUGUAGCUUGCAUGGAUGGCAGAAGUGUUGUUUGCUAUGCAGAUGACACCACUUUUUACGAUCAUGGUCAUGGAGUUGAUGUACUGAGGGCCGAGAUGUUGGAGACCAGGUUGUUUGCUACGGACUGGUUUUCUGCAAACCUCUUUCUUCUCAACGAUGAUAAAACGCAGUCAAUCAUAUUCAGCCUCAGAAAUGGGGAUGAGUAUGAUUUUUUCCCGGUGAAGCUGCUUGGGUUUGUUCUGGAUAGAAAGCUCUCUUGGGCUGACCACAUUGAGGCUGUCUGUUGCAGGCUGAGCAGAGUGGUUUUCCUGCUCAGGAAAUUGAAAUCCUGUAUUCCUGCUUCCUAUAUUAAGGUCUGCUAUUUCUGUUUUUUCCAGAGCAUUGUCCUGUAUGGCCUCACGCUUUGGGGUGGAGCCACAGAUGUUUCACGACUGUUACUCAUUCAGAAGAGGGCCCUGAUGAUCCUUUGUGGUGCUGAGCGUCUUGCCCAUUGUCGUCCCCUCUUUGUGAGAGAGAGAAUCCUCAGAGUCUUCUCCCUCUAUGUACUUCAGACCCUCUGCAGAACACAUGCAAAUGUGGGGGAGCUUGUAACAAGGCAGAAUUUUCACCCACAUGAGACUAGAGGGAGACAGAGGCUGGACGUGCCCUACCAAAGACUGAGCAGGACACGAUCGAGCUAUGGCCAUCUAUCUGUCAGGCUCUUCAACAAGCUGCCGGUGAUGGCUAGGAAUCUGCCUGCCGGCAAAUUUCGGAGGGUCCUGAGAGACUUAUUGUUGGAUAAUCCUUUGUACUCACUCCGUGAGUUUUUCAUGUUGGACAGCAGCUUGGUAAUGAGAAUUGGACGUAACGUACCAGAGGCUGAGCAGGACAGAAACUGGCCUUGCCCAUCUUUAUGCGAGAUUCUUCAACAAGCUGCCAAUAGCAAGAGACCUGUCGACCAGGCGAUUCAAGGGCGCACUGAGGGAAUUGCUGGUGGAGAACCCAUUGUAUUCCAUCAGUGAGUUCUUUAAGUUGGACAAUACGCUGGUCAAACCCGAAUGAAUUCGAAUAAUUGGAGUUUGUUGUAGAUCAAGAGUUAAUGGAUAUGAUGGAAAUAAGAUUGAGACACACGCAGGAGUUGAGUCCUGGAAUGAGCACCGCUGGAGGCCAAGAUUGAAAUGAACGUUUCUGUUCGAAAGAUGUAAACAUAAACAAACAAUUCAUGUAUAUAGAAUAUAUCAGUUGACAAUAAUUAAAAUUUUUCGACAUAUUAUUACUUAUCAUUAUUUAAAUUUGAAUUGUAUUAUUUGUAUUGAAUUAUAAUAUUAAAAAUUGUAA